AUGUUCAGAGCUGCAGGAAUCGCCCUCCUCUUGCUGGUCACCGGCGUCGCAUGCGAUGAUACUGCAGCCGACGACAUCGGGCCCCACACAAUGGGCCGCAUCGCGGAGCUCCUGUCCCCUGAGGAGUGCCACGAGUUCUACGUGGACAUCACCAGCCCCGAGGAGGACGUGGACAAGGAGCUGGCCCGCCUCUCCGAGGAGAAGAACCCCAUCCAUGCCCGCCCCCGCCGUGCCAUCGCCAGCACGGAGCAGUGUCGGGACAUCCUGACCCAGUGGCUCAGGACCGACGGUGACGCGCUGUACUGGGACCGGCUGGCCCGUGCCCUCCGCCGCAUCGGGCGCCCCGAUGUCUCCUACGAGCUGGGCAAGAACCUGAACCAGGACAAGAACCUGGAGCUGAAGCGGAACGUGGACGAGUACCACGAGAGGGUGGCACACCUCACCUCCUCCCUGCUGCUGGAGGACGAUGAGAAAUACGGCGAGAGGCAGCGGCGUGGGCAGGCGCGGCGAGCCCGCGGCGCCGGGCUGGCGCUCGAGGCCUGGGAUGCCCUUGAGCUGGUCAUUGAGAGGCGGCCACAGCCCCCUUACAACAGGAGCCUCUUCAGCUGGGUCAGCCCCGUGGCCACCGGCUUCGCGGGCGGGCUCCUCGCCUCCGUCCUGCUGGUGGCUGCGGCCCUGUACUCCUGCCUCUGGGCCCCGAGCCCCGACGCCUUGGGCCCCCCCCAUCACAGCCGUGGCUCCCCGUUGCCACCCCUGGCUCAUGCCCGGUGGGGUGUGGACAGCCACAGUUACCCCUGGCUUGUCAACCACGACUUGGAGGAGGAGGCCUCCGAUGACGCCAGCCUGGAUGGAGAGCCCUAG